AUGCAGGCCAUCAGCAAAUUCUAUGGGAUGGACAUGGUAGAAGCUCUGACUCAGGUGGGCAUUGAAAUAAAGGAAAUCAGAAUGAAUGUGACUGGAUUCAUUCUGAUGGGACUCACACAGAAUCCUCAGACACAGAGAAUUCUAUUUUUGGUGUUACUUAUCACCUACAUUGUCACAGUCGUGGGAAACCUGCUCAUUGUGGUUACCAUAAUCUGUAGCCAGACUUUGGACUCCCCAAUGUAUUUCUUCCUGGCUUUCUUAUCUUUGAUAGAUGCAUGCUAUUCCUCUUCCAUAAUCCCUAAAAUGCCAGCUGACUUGCUCUCUGAGACAAAAGCUAUCUCCUUCAAGGGCUACAUGACACAGCUCUUUGUUGAACAUUUCUUAGGUGCUUCAGAGAUUGUCCUCCUGGUGGUCAUGGCCUAUGACCGCUAUGUGGCCACCUGUAGACCUCUGCACUAUGUGACCAUGAUGAGCCACCGCAUGUGCUGCCUCCUGGUGGGGGUGUCUUGGACAGUAGGUUUUCUCCACUCUAUUGGGCAGAUUUUAGUUACUUUCUGGCCCCCAUUCUGUGGCCCCAACAUCAUGGAUCACUUCAUGUGUGACAUUUUCCCACUGAUACAACUGGCCUGCACUGACACUUUCCUUGUUGGUCUCCUGGUUGCUGCCAAUGGUGGGCUAAUCCCUGUGAUCACCUUUGUGUCAUUGUUGAUAUCCUAUGCGGUCAUCCUGUGCUCCUUGAAGACUCACAGCUCUGUGGGGAGGAAAAAGGCCCUUUCUACUUGUGACUCCCACAUCACAGUUGUUAUUUUAUUGUUUGUGCCCUGUAUUCUUAUGUAUCUGUGACCAGUAGCCACCUUUCCCGUGGAUAAAGCCAUAGCAGUGUUUUAUACUCUUGUCACUCCCAUGUUAAAUCCAGUUAUCUACACAGUAAGGAAUGCAGAGGUAAAAAAUGCAUUCAGAAUGUUAUUAAACAGAAAUGCAAUUUCAGAUAAUAAAUGA